CAGGUUGUCGCGACGCUCUGUAGGUUUCGCUAGUGCGUCGGGACGCCAUUGCUCGGGGGUUCCUCUGAAUGACUUCUGCACAUUACGUUUAAUUCACCUUCAUUAGAUAAAGAUGGCUGGAGGGCAAGGUGAACCUAAGUGGCAGAAGGAUGCCGCAGAUCAAAACUUUGACUACAUGUUCAAACUCCUCAUCAUCGGCAACAGCAGCGUCGGGAAGACUUCCUUCUUGUUCCGCUACGCCGAUGACUCUUUCACGUCAGCAUUCGUUUCCACUGUUGGCAUCGACUUCAAAGUAAAAACUGUUUUUCGACACGAUAAACGUGUCAAGCUACAAAUUUGGGACACGGCUGGUCAGGAGAGAUACCGUACCAUUACGACGGCUUACUACCGAGGUGCCAUGGGCUUCAUCCUCAUGUACGACAUCACUAACGAGGAAUCCUUCAACAGCGUACAAGACUGGGUAACCCAAAUCAAGACUUACUCCUGGGACAACGCUCAAGUGAUCCUGGUAGGCAACAAAUGCGACAUGGAGGAUGAACGAGUGAUAUCCUUCGAGCGAGGGAAGCAGCUCGCCGAACAACUCGGGAUUGAGUUCUUUGAAACUUCUGCGAAAGAGAACGUUAAUGUCAAGGCAGUGUUCGAGCGCCUGGUAGACAUCAUCUGUGACAAGAUGUCCGAAAGCCUGGACUCCAACCCAGACUUACUGAGUAACGCGAAGGGAACUCGACUGACCGAACAACCUCAAGGCCCCCACAAUCCUAACUGUAACUGCUAAUCUCGUCUGCAGCACAACUACAACUCUACCUUCGACACUGUCAACUUUUGUAACCAGAAGAGUGUUCCAGUUCAGCUGAUCACUAUAUUUCAAAAGCCAGAAUAUGACUUCGCUCGAGCGAGAUUAUGGUUUAGAUCGCUAAAUGAAUUUGAUAAGUUUAUCGCUAAAUUUUCAGACCUAACGCUUGCUAUUCCAGUUUGUUCAGCUUAGCAGAGGGUUACAGGAUGAAAUUGGAUGUAGUGGUUUUUAAUUAACCUUGUUGAUAAACUGUAUGCUAUGGGUUUAUGAGCUACACCGCGGGGAAUACCCAGUAGUAUACUAUAAGGUGAAGAUCCAAGCUGGAUAGAGAGUUUAGCUACUGAUUAAGAUCAGCUGAUUUUUUUAAAGCCAGGAUUAAUUGUUGAACCCCCAAUGUGAUUUGCCCCGUUUUUCCUUGGAUGACAAUGGGAAAUAACGUAAUUUUAUCUAACACACACAUUCUGUAACUCUCAUAUGCUUAGUUAACGCCAUACUCUUUUACUUAAUUUCUCUAUCAAAAUAUUCUAUAGCAGAUGAUUGGCGGGAAAACUCAGAUGUUGGGAACUUAAAAAGUGUAUAAAGGAGUUAGUAAUCUCUUUAACCCAUUAAUGCAUUGCAUUUGACGCAACGCAAGCACUUAGCAAAAUGAGAAUUUUUAAUUUUUAGAGCCGACAACUGCCUUUUAUAACCAUCACAGCAUUUUACAACCACUCUAAAUUUAGUCGAACGUCAAUUUGGCACUGUUUGUGUUUUAGAACAUAAUUUUCUUAGUAGGGAAAUAAAUUUGUUAUUGGUACAAUAAUUACAUAUUUAUAGUUCAAAUAAAUUAGUUGACUGUUAGAAUAGUCAGUUUAAUACCUUGGGAAUGUCAUGUAGACAAAGUUGUGCAUCACGUAAGUGUGUGGAGACUAAUACAUGAAUUAAUUAAAACAGUCUUCCAGGAUUGGGUGGAUAAAAAUGAUAUACUCCUAUUAAUUUGGUAUCUUUCAUUACCGUAGGUACUAAAAAUGAACUAUUCAUUUUCUAGACUAAAUUUCUCAGAUUAUUUUGGAUUUCCAUGCUGUGCCUUGGUGUGCAUGACCAAAAUAUCUAUGCUUCCAACUAAAACAAAUAAAUUUAGCUUAUUUUUUAUACUGCUGUUGUUUUAUGCUGUUCUAAAGCUAUAAAUUAUGUUAAGCGAUCCAAGAAAUAUUAAAAUAUUGAGUAUAUAGCCAAACAAGGUAUUCAACUAACUGUUAACUUUCAGUAAAAAAAAAAAAAACUAUAUUAACAUGGCGGUGGUUAUGGCUAAAAUAUUUUAAAAAAAUUAUCUGGUAUAUUUUUUCAAUUUAAACUGUCUAAAGGGACAAAAUUAGUAAAUCAUAGGACAGAAAGGGUAUUCAUAGGGCUUAAAGAUAUGUUUAAACUCUUUGAGUUUAGGUACAAAAUCUUCAGAAAGGUUGUAUACUGUUUGUAGUGUCACUUAUCUUAAGACAAACGUAUAAAUCACUUCUUUCUAUCUAUAAGGAACAUUCGUAGGUAGACAGGGUUAGGUUGACAAAGUGUGUUAGCCAGAUCUGUUAUUUGUUUAUUUUGUCGCACUGUAAAUUAUACACAAGAUGUAUGUUGAAUCAGCGUAAGUAUAAUUGCAAUCUGUAGCCUGUAAGUAGAGGUUUAAAACGUGUAGUAUACUAGUUUCAGUAAUCUAAUCGAAUUUUACUUAUACUUUUCACUCAUUGAAAGUUUAAUUUAGUUUUAAGCUGUAUAUUCUAAGAUUGUUGAGUUUGUGGCGCCAGUAAAUAGCUUUAUUCUUCAUAACCCCUUCUUGUAUAUUGUCAAUGUAAAUAAAUGUUAAAGUGUACCUUAACGUGCGCCCGCUUAUCCUCACUGUUGCUAGGCGAAAUAGUUUUGCAGAUUUUGGUUUCCGCUUUUACCAGUUAACUCAUAAGCCAAUAUGUUUCUGCAUAUUUUACAAUAUAGGUCAAAUAACUCUCGUACAUUCAGUAUUCCUUAGUACAAGUUAAUAUUUUUUACACUUCUACUAUUUUGGUACAGUGACAAUAAUUUUUAACUGUAUCAAACAAACUAACUUAUAAAGAUAUUUCUUCCGGAUUAUAUUGUACUUUAAGAAUAAAUCAUAAUUUUGUUUAGUAUAAAUUUCUCUUAACAGAGAACAAUUCUUAUAAAACUUUAAAAAAUAAUUUUCCCAUAAGAUCAUCAUUUGUAGGUUCAUCUUGGUUUACAAAUUCAACAAAAUACCGUAUGGCUCAGUGUUUAUAACACGAGUCAGUUUUUAAGCAACGGACAAUGAAUUUAUAAUAGACAAUACCUCAAUACCGUCAAUAAUCUUGAAAUAUUACAAAACUUAUCGUCUACGUGCAUUAACAGUGUUUUGUAUUACGUUGUGCUAUAAGAUCAUAAGUAUUACAGAGUAGAAAAUGGUUGCUGUUGAUUCCCUGAUGUUGAUAGUUUGUUUCACGCUACUGUCAAUUACAUACGAUCUACGAGAUUGUAAUUGAGGUAAUUUGAGCUUUGAACUCCCUUCUUACUCCUGUGUAAGCACAAGAAAUUCGACUUUGUAGUUCAUCGGAUUUAGCCUUUGUCCUACCUCAAACUUCACUAUUUAUUUGAUAGUUUUUCUGUUCAGAGUUUUAAGUUUUCUCAACACGUUUCGACCAAUUAGCAAAACUAUUUGUGAGGCACUGUGGCUGACGUGCUACGCUAUCAGUGUAAUUUAUUGGUGUACAAAAAAAUCAUAGUAUGUUGGAUAUGUAAUACAUAGACUAGGGGAUAAAUGUAUUUAUGUAUGUAAGUUCAUAUCAUUGUAAUUAUAGCCUGUACAAGAUUGUUGUGGUUUUGUUUCAUAGGAUGUUGAAAAUAUGAAAUGAAAUCGGUUAAACUAAUUUUAUAAAUGUUUAAAUUGAGAAAAUCUUUAUUGUAAAGCUGGUAAAUUAAAUGGAUACGUCACAGCUUUGAAUAUUAUUGCACUUGAAGAACUUUUAGCGAAUCGGGCCGAGUGUGAUACCGUAUCCCAAAGAGGGUUAACGGACGGUAAAUAUCAAUAUAACAUGAAAAGGAAGUAUUUUCAAACUGUAUUUUGUGAACAUUCCAUCGCAAUUAUUAUCAAUGUUAGUGUUUCGCCACAAUUUGAAUUUGUUAAAUCAUUUGAUAAUCUUAAAACUGAUCUGUAAUAUCCAGUGUGUCUGGCUGGUUGAAAGUAUAAAUAAACUUCACUUGUUUAA